GCCCUUCAUUGACAGCUGCUCCCGCGCAGGACAUCCGAAAAUGACUAAGAGGACCAAGAAGGCUGGAAUAGUUGGGAAAUAUGGUACCCGUUAUGGUGCCAGUUUGCGAAAGCAGAUUAAGAAAAUGGAGGUUAGCCAGCAUAGCAAGUAUUUUUGCGAGUUUUGUGGAAAGUACGCAGUGAAGAGAAAAGCAGUGGGGAUUUGGGGCUGCAAAGAUUACGGCAAAGUCAAAGCAGGCGGUGCUUAUACAUUGAACACUGCAAGUGCUGUGACAGUUAGGAGCACAAUCCGAAGACUGAGGGAGCAAACUGAGAGUUAGAGCAAUCAUCAGCCUUUCCUUCUAUCUGCUUAUGAUUUGUCUAUGAAAUUUUGAAAUCAGAUCCAUUUUUCAAUUUUAAGACCAUUUUAAUGUUUGUGAACA